GAUCCAAAAUACACUAGCUAGCAGGUAAGGAUUAAUAGAAAUGGGAGCCAAGUCUAGCUCGUCCGCUAUACAUGCCACAAAACCAUGAGCUGGUGCAUGCAUGCGACAAGCUAAAGUAACUUGAGAGGGUGUUUUACUUGUGGGAGAGGGAACUGAAGCUUUGCUUUUGCAUGCGUGAUGCGAGCAGGGGCAUGUGGGCUUGGGGAGGGAGGGAGGGAGGGAGAGUCUCGGAUCCACUGGAGAUAUUCCAUUCUGACGGUGCGAGAUUAAUACUCUGCUUCUGCUACAAUGCUCUUCUCGCUCUCUUUCUUGCGCACUUUCUUGCUUUCUUCUACAGGACUACUUCUCUCUCUUUUCUUUCACAGACAGAACCAUCUGAUGUGAGCUCUCUCUCAUCUGUCCUUUGGGUUUAAACUAUUAUUAGGUACAAAGUAAGCCCCCCUUGACAGCGCAGCAUCUCGUUUGCUCUAUCAAUUUUUAUUUUUAAUCUGAUCUAAUCUCUCCUCUCUGUAACACCAUCACCUGUAGCAGUGGCAGGCAUCGGUCUGCCUUCCGUCUUUCUUCCUCCGUCUCACUGUAUCUCUCUCUCUCUCUCUUUUGGAUCUCUCAAUUUUUUCCCCCUUCUUCUCCCUCGAACAUCCCUUAUUUUAGGAGAAGAAUUAUGGAUUUUCCCCCUCUUUACCUGACCUCGUCUAAUUUCCCUCUCUCUUGAUCUUCUCACUGUGCUGCAUGGCUAUGGAGCUAGUACUCAUCUUUUGAGCUCGCACUGUGGCUUCGUAAUUAACUUGAGUUUUACGAUCCUGUGGCUUCUCUCCUAUCUUUCUCCUCACUGAAGUGGGAGAGAGGGGGAGAGAGAGGUGUGAGUUUAGGAUUAGCUCAAUUGAUCUCAAAUUGUACCGGAAGAGAGAUGCAGCAGCAGCAGCAGCAAGGAGCCACGCAAUUCGGGGCAUCGCCGUCCGGAAUUCUUCCGUUUUCGUCGGCUCCCCUUGCCUCCCGAGCGCACCUGCUCGGAAUUCAGCCUUCCGACGUCCAAGAGCCGGCGUCGCUCGCAGAGGUGGCCUCCCCCAUCAGCAGCCGGCCUCCGCCCGCUGCGGCGGCUGGGAAUUUCGACAAGCUGCAGGUGGCCGGAGACUUUCCGGACGACGAAGCCCUCGCCGCCGCACAAGGAGACGACACCGAGCGCGGCGGCGGCGCAACCGGGAACCGAUGGCCGCGGCAGGAGACUCUGGCGCUGCUCAAGAUCAGGUCCGAGAUGGACGCCAGCUUCCGAGACGCCACGCUGAAAGGUCCUCUCUGGGAGGAGGUCUCCAGGAAGUUGGCGGAGUUGGGAUACAAGAGGAGCGCAAAAAAGUGCAAGGAGAAGUUCGAGAACGUGCACAAGUACUACAAGCGCACCAAGGAAGGCCGCGCCGGCCGCCAGGACGGCAAGAGCUACCGCUUCUUCACCCAGCUCGAAGCCCUCCACAGCGGCAGCCACCUCGCCGGAGGAAUUCCGCCAGUCGCCCCUUCUCCGGCUGCGUUUGCGGACGUCUCGUCGGGCUUCAGUACUGCCGCCGCCAUGGUUGGCCAGCCGCAGGCUAACAGGGCUCAGCCUAUCUCCUCCGUCGCGCCACCACCGCCGAUCAUCGCGUUGCCGACGCGAGUAGUCGCCCCUGAGCUUCAGACACAAGGAAUCUCGACGUCGGCCGAACCGACCGUGGGGUUCAGCUUCUCGUCGAACUCGUCCUCUUCGGCGUCGUCGGACUCGGACGAGGAGACCGCAGGGGAGAGCCAGGAAGGAAGGAAGCGGAAGCGAGAGACGGCAACCACGAGCCGGAAGAUGAUGGCCUUCUUCGACGGGCUGAUGAAGCAGGUAAUGGAGCGGCAGGAGGCCAUGCAGAAGCGGUUCUUGGAGGCCGUCGAGAAGAAGGAACAGGACCGCAUGAUCCGGGAGGAAGCGUGGCGGCGUCAGGAGAUGACGAGGUUCAACCGGGAGCAGGAACUGUUGGCGCAGGAGAGGGCCAUGGCCGCCUCCAGAGACACCGUCAUCAUCUCCUACCUGCAGAAGAUAACCGGCCAAAACAUCUCCCUCCCCACCCCAAUUUUUCCGCCUGCCCCAGCGACCUCCGCAGCGAUGCCGGCCACCCAGAGUAGCAUUCUUCCCUCACAAAUUACUCCGCCGCCACCACAAACUGUUCUUCAACCUCCUCCGUCGGCGGCCGAACAUACCCAACCACCACAAAUCCAGCAAUCGGCUCACCGUCACAACCAAGUCGCCGGCGACAUUCCACGGCACCCAUCGCCCCUGGGGACGUUGGAGCUCGCUCCCAGCUCAGAGCCACCGAACCUCGACGUCACGUCACCGUCGUCGUCCUCCCGGUGGCCAAAGGCAGAGGUGCACACCUUGAUCAAGAUCCGAAGUGGGCUGGACUCCAAGUACCAGGACUCCGGACCGAAGGGGCCAUUGUGGGAGGAGAUCUCCGUCGGAAUGCAGCGGCUUGGCUACAACCGGAGCGCGAAGAGGUGCAAGGAGAAGUGGGAGAACAUCAACAAGUACUACAAGAAGGUGAAGGAGAGCAACAAAAAGCGACCGGAGGACUCCAAGACCUGCCCGUACUUCCACCAAUUGGACGCGCUCUACCGCAGCAAACACCUCGGCGCCGGCGGCGGACCAAUGCAGAGACCCCAACUAGGCUCGGACUCUACUAACAUCAUUCCCUCAUCAAAUCAACAGCAGAGCGAUGCGACAACGAUGAACAGGCCACAGGAGCAAGCAUCCGCGAUGCCACCGCCGCCGCCGCCGCUCCAGCUGACCGCCGAGACCGAAAGAAAGAAUGGGAAUUCUGAGACCAAUGCGGGAGUUCAGGUACAAACCGGUAACGGAGGGCUCGCCACCGGCUUCUUCGAGCAAGGAUUAAAAAAGCCAGAAGACAUCAUGAAGGAGCUGAUGGGGCAACGGCUACACCAAGCGGCGACGGAUCACGACUACGAUAAGUUAGACGAUGAGAGUGACAACAUGGACCAAGACGAGGAGGACGAGGACGAGGACAACGAGGACGACGAGAUCAACAAUGACAAAGUAUUGCACUACAAGAUAUAGUUGCAAAGCAAAAUGCGAUCCUCUAUUCCAUCCACAUUCAAUAUCCAUCCACCAACGUACUCACCAUUUCUGUUCAAUUAAUUUUAAAUUGGUUUCCGCUCCCUGAUCCAUCUCCACCCCCAUGCAACGCAUGCAUGCAUGCAUUCACACAAGUUCAACUUCUCCUAAGCAUCCACUGGCACAGUUUAGUUUUGGCCUUACAUGCAUGGCUCGUGACAUCGCAUCCUCUCCAUCAAUCCUUCUCUAUUUAUUGUAAUUGAUUUGUUCGCGGAGUUAAUAAGAAUCCCCUAGAGUCAACGGCGGGGAGUUGGACAAGUACAAACAGUGAGAAAGCAGGAGUUUUCCUUGGGCCUGUACAUUGGAUUGGAGAAACCGGAGAAGUGUACUAUAAGUUAAAGGAUCGAGUUGGUGAAUAGGGGAAGACAACCAGGAGUUGGGUUCAUAAAACAUUGGUAAUUGUUAAUGUUAGAUGCAUGGCGAAAUAGGCAGUGCAUUAAUAAUUGUUGCGGAGUUUUCUUUCACCCCAAAUGUAAGCAUUGUUGAGACAUUGUGAAGCUUUCUAAUAAACGUCGAGUGAGUUAUAUA